CCUCUCCUAGCUAGAGUCACCCAUCUCUCUCUCUCUCUCUCUCUCUCUCUCUCUCUCUCUCUCAGCUGUCGAUUUCACUGAAAACCCCCGAAGAGAGAACUCCAUUUCUCUGCUGUUAGCCUCUCUCUGAUUUCCCUAUACCGAGUUAAGAAAAUUGAGCUAUACUAUUUAUGCAGGUGCUAAAACAAGUGAGAAUUACCAACAAUGGAGGUUGCUAGUGAAAUAAUGAAAGGAGUUGUUCAGGUUCUUAUGGUUCCAGUUAAAAAACAACUGGAUUACCUGGUGUCUUACAAAAAAUAUGUGGAGGAUAUGCGCACCAAAAUAAAGGAUUUGGAUGAUGCAAGACUCGGCGUGGAAUCUCAGAAGACCCAAAACAGAGAAAGACGUCUUGAGGUUCCUGCACAAGUCGACCCUUGGUUGAUAGAAGUCGAACACAUGAAUGAAAAGGUGGCAGACUUUCCAAGUGAAGUCACUGGAUGUCUUGAUCUCAAGAGUAGGCACAAGCUCGGAAGGAAAGCCUUCAAGAUAUUUAAAGAGAUUGAGAGUGUUCUGGCACGAUGCCCUAAAAUCCAAGGGACUGAACUACAAAUUCCUGUGGGGAGAAUUGAUACCAUCAUGGCGUCCACCUCUAAACCAUCAAGUGAUCAAAAUGACUUCCGCUCAAGAGAGUUGACUUUUAUGAAAGCACUGGAAGCACUCGGGCCCAACCAUAGUUCCCACAUGGUAGCGUUAUGUGGGAUGGGUGGAGUGGGAAAGACCACUAUGAUGAAGAAGCUGAAGGAGGUUGUGAUAGGAAAGAAAAUGUUUAAUCAUUACGUUGAGGCGGUUAUAGGGGAAAAGACAGACCCCAUUGCUAUUCAACAAGCUGUUGCCGAGUACCUUGGUAUAAGUCUAACCGAAACCACUAAACCAGCAAGAACUGAUAAGCUCCGUACAUGGUUUGCAAACAACUCAAAUGGAGGAAAGAAGAAGUUCCUGGUAAUACUAGACGAUGUAUGGCAACCGGUUGAUAUGGAAGAUAUUGGUUUAAGUCGUUUUCCAAAUCAAGAUGUUGACUUCAAGGUCUUGAUUACAUCACGGGACCAAUCAGUUUGCACUGAGAUGGGAGUUAAAGCUGAUUUAGUUCUCAAGGUGAGUGUCCUGGAGGAAGCGGAAGCACACAGUUUGUUCCUCCAAUUUUUAGAACCUUCUGAUGAUGUCGAUCCUGAGCUCAAUAAAAUCGGAGAAGAAAUUGUAAAGAAGUGUUGCGGACUACCCAUUGCUAUCAAAACCAUGGCCUGCACUCUUAGAAGUAAAAGUAAGGAUACAUGGAAGAAUGCCCUUUCUCGUUUACAACACCAUGACAUUAACACAAUUGCGUCUACUGUUUUCCAAACUAGCUAUGACAAUCUCGAAGACGAGGUGACUAAAGCUACUUUUUUGCUUUGUGGUUUAUUUCCGGAGGACUUCAAUAUUCCUACCGAGGACCUAUUGAGGUAUGGAUGGGGAUUGAAGUUAUUCAAGGCAGUAGAUACUAUACGAGAAGCAAGAUACAAGUUGAAAGCCUGCAUUGAGCGGCUCAUGCAUACCAAUUUGUUGAUCGAAGGUGAUGAUGUUAGGUACGUUAAGAUGCAUGAUCUGGUGCGUGCUUUUGUUUUGGAUAUGUUUUCUAAAGCCGAGCAUGCAUCUAUUGUCAACCAUGGUAGUAGUAAGCCAAGGUGGCCUGAAACUGAAAGUGAUGUGAGCUCCUCUUGCAAAAGAAUCGCAUUAACAUGUAAGGGUAUGAUUGAAUUUCCUUGUGAUCUCAAGUUUCAAAAUGUCUCGAUUUUGAAACUUAUGCAUGGAGAUAAGUCGUUGAGGUUUCCUCAAAACUUUUAUGAAGAAAUGGGACAGCUUCAGGUUAUAUCAUAUGAUCAUAUGAUCUGUCCAUUGAUUUCCGCAUCGCUUGAAUGCUCCACCAACCUUCGAGUGCUUCUUCUGCAUCAAUGCUUAUUGACGUUUGAUUUAUCUUCUAUUGGAAACUUUCCAAAUUUGGAAGUUCUCAGCUUUGCUGGUUCUCGCGUUAAUAGGCUACCUUCUACAAUUGGAAAUUUGAAGAAGUUAAGGGUACUAGACGUGACAGGUUGUGAUGGUCUUCAUAUAGAUAAUGGUGUCUUUAAAAAUUUAGUCAGACUUGAAGAGCUCUGGGCUUCUGGAAGGGAUAUUAGCUUCACAGGUGAUGACUGGAAUGAAGUGGCAGAACGUUGGAAGAACCUUUCUGCCUUAAAAUUUGAGUUCCAUGAAAAUAAUGCUCAACCGAAGAAUCUUGCAUUCGAGAAUCUUGAACGAUUCAUGAUCUCAGUGGGACGUUCUUUAGAAGGAGAAUAUUCAAUGGAGAGCAAGUAUUUUAUCGAAAACACAUUGAAGUUGGUAACCAAGAAAGGUGAACUAUUGGGAUCUAGAAUUAAUGAGUUGUUUGGGAAAACGGUGGUGCUUUGUUUACAUGUGGAAGAUAUGAAUUAUCUUGAAGAUGUUGGGGUGGAACCCUUCAUUGGUCCUCAGUCUUCUUCUUUCCGUAAUAUAAGAGUCCUUGUGGUUUCAGAGUGUGCAGAGUUAAGAUACCUUUUUACACUGGGUGUUGCAAAAGUUCUGUCAAAUCUUGAGCAUCUUGAAGUUUUCAAUUGCCUUGUUAUGAAAGAACUCAUUCAUGUUGAGAGUGGUGGAGAAGAGAGAGUUACAUUCCCCAAGUUGACGUCUCUAUCUUUGAGUGGGCUACCACGACUAUUGAGUUUGUGCCAGAAUGUGAACGUAAUUGCGCUACCACACCUCAUGGAGUUAAAAAUAGAAGACAUUCCAAAUAUCACAAGCAUUUAUUCCAAGAAUAAGUCGGCAACAUCUUGCUUGUUAAGGGGAGAGGUUUUGAUUCCUAAGCUUCAGCGUCUGCACAUUGAGCGUAUGGAGAACUUGAAGGAAAUAUGGCCUUGUGACUUUCAGAAGAGUGAGGAAGUUAAAUUGAGAGAAAUUGAAGUGGAUAAUUGUAAGAAUCUUGUGAAUCUAUUUCCGUGCAAUCCCAUGCCGUUGAUGUGUCAUCUUGAAGACCUUAAACUCUGGAAUUGUGGUUCCAUUGAAGCGAUAUUCAACUUUGACUUGGAUUGUGUUGCUGCAAUUGAAAAAGGCAGCAUCAGCUUGAGAAGGAUUCAGGUGUUCCGUUGUGAUAAACUUGUAGAUUUGUUUCCGUGCAAUCCCAUGCCAUUGUUGCAUCAUCUUGAAGAGUUAGAAGUCAGUGAUUGUGGUUCCAUUGAAGCGUUAUUCAACAUCGACUUGGAUUGUGUUGGUGAGACCGGAAAAGAAGGCGGCAGCAACAGCUUGAGAAGCAUUGAUGUAUGGGACUUAGGGAAGCUACAAGAGGUGUGGAGAAUAAAAGGUGGUGAAAAUAACUCUGGAAUCCCUAUCCGUGGCUUUCAAGCUGUUGAAAGCAUAUAUAUUAGAGACUGUAUGAGAUUUAGAAACAUAUACUCACCUACCACCACCAAUUUUGAUCUGGGGGCACUCACCUCUAUGGCUAUAUUGAAUUCGGGAGAAAUUGGGAGAGAACAUGAAAGUAGCCAAGAGAAAGAGACUACUGUGUUCCCACCCUGUCUCAUAAACUCGUGUCAUAAUCUCCGUAAUCUUAAGUUGGAUAGAUAUCAAGGAGUGGAGGUGAUAUUUGAGAUGAAGAGUACUCCAAGAAGUCAAGAUAAUCAACAUCGAAUGCUUCCCUACCUUGAAAAAAUGAAAAUAUUGGAUAUGGAGAGUAUGAGUCACGUGUGGAAGUGCAACUGGAAUGAGUUCUUAGGUCUUCAUGUAGAAUCCCCAUUCCACAACCUCACAACCAUAAAGCUGGAAUGGUGCAGAAGCAUUAAGUACUUGUUUUCACCUCUCAUGGCAGAACAUCUUUCCAACCUAAAAAAAGUCAAGAUAGGAUUUUGUGAUGCUAUUGAAGAAGUUUUUUCAAACAGAGAUGAUGAAUAUGAAGAAAAAAUAACAUCAACAUCUACCCACAUAAGCACAACUCUGUUCCCUCGUCUUGAUUCUCUCAGUUUGUAUGGCCUGCAAAAUCUCAAGUCUAUUGGUGGUGGUGGUGGUGGUGCCAAGGGUAGGAACAAUGAAAUAUCUUUCAACAGUACCACUACAACUGCUGCCUCCUUUCUUGAUCAAUAUAAGUUUUCUCAAAGGGGUGGUGUUUCUUGGAGCUUAUGCCAAUACGCUAGAGAGAUAGAAAUAUUGGAGUGCCAUGCAUUGUCAAGUGUGAUUCCAUGGUAUGCAGCAGGACAUAUGCAAAAGCUUCAAGAACUAGAAAUAUACUGUUGCCACGGGAUGAAGGAGGUGUUUGAAACUCAAGGAAUCAACAAAAGUGUUGUUAAACUUGAACUGGGAAACCUUAAGAGAUUGGAAAUUGAUGAUUGUGACCUUUUGGAACAUAUAUUCACAUUUUCCACACUUGAAAGCCUCGUACAACUUGAAGAGUUACUGAUAGAGAGUUGCAAGGCAAUGAAAGUGAUUGUGGUGAAGGCAGAAGAACAUGGGGUACAACAAACAACAAUGGCAUCUUCUUCUAAGGUUGUGGUCUUUCCUCGUCUAAAGCGUAUUCACCUAGAGUAUCUACAAGAGCUGGUGGGUUUCUUUUUAGGGACGAAUGAGUUCCAGUGGCCUUCAUUGAAAAAGGUUGGAAUCUAUGGUUGCCCACAGAUGAAGGUGUUCACAGCUGGUGGGUCAACAGCUCCACAGCUCAAGUAUGUAAGAACAAGGUUAGGAAAACAUAGUCCUGAAUGUUGGUUUAACUCUCAUGUGACAACCACUACUACUGGGCAGCUUCAGGAGAGUACAAGCUUCUCCUGCCCUGCUGCUACUUCAGAAGUGAUCCAUUGGUCUUUUCAUAAUCUGAUCGAACUACGUGUGGCAGGUGAUAUAUCUGUUCAAAAAAUUGUUCCAUCCAGUGAGUUGCUACAACUGCAAAAGCUGGAAAAGAUUCAGGUAAGUGAAUGCGAUUUGGUAGAGGAGGUGUUUGAAGCCUUUGAAGGGACAAACAGUGGUUUUGAUGAAUCAUCACAAACUACUACUACUCUUGUCAACCUUCCAAACCUAACACAAGUGGAGUUAAAAUGGCUACCUUGUCUCAGGCAUAUAUGGAAGAGCAAUCAGUGUACGGUAUUUGAGUUUCCAAACCUAAAAAGACUCUUUAUUAAAAAAUGUGAUAUGUUAGAACAUGUUUUGAAUAGUUCCAUGGUUGGUAGUCUAUUGCAACUCCAAGAGCUACACAUAAGUAGCUGCAACCAUAUAGAGGAGGUAAUUGUUCAGGAUGGAAAUAUUGUUGUAGAAGAAAAAGAGGAGGAAUAUGAUGGAAAAAUGAAUGAGAUUGUGCUACCUCAUCUAAAGUCCUUAGAACUUUAUACACUUCCAUGUCUCAGGUAUAUAUGGAAGUGCAAUCGAUGGACAUUAUUCGGGUUUCCUAACUUAACAACAGUCUGUAUUGCUGGUUGUGAUAGUUUACAACAUGUUUUUAGUAGUUCCAUUGUUGGUAGCCUAAAGCAACUCCAGGAGCUAAGCAUAUCUAUCUGCCGCCAGAUGGAGGGGGUAAUUGUUAAGGAUGCAAAUAUUGUUGUAGAAGAAGAGGAAGAAUCUGAUGGCAAAAUGAGUGAGCUUAUAUUGCCUCGUCUCAAGUCCUUAAAACUUGAUGAACUUCCAUGUCUCAAAGGGUUUUGCAUAGGGAAGGUGGAUUUUUCAUUCCCAUUAUUGAAUACUUUAACUAUUGAGAAAUGCACAGCAAUAACCACUUUCACCAUGGGGAAUUCAUCUACUCCGGAGCUAAAAGGAAUCCAAACAGAUUUUUGGCUCUUAUUAUGUAGAGGAAGGCAUCAACUCCUUUAUAAAGACGAAACAAGUGGAAUUCAACAGGGGCAUAAACUAUGUUUAGUGGGAUGGAAUGUAAUGACAAGGGAAUGGAAUGGACCAACUACCAAGUAAUGGAAUGUAUCAUUAUCAUUCCAUGUCGUGUCGUGUUUGGUUACAAUUCUUGAAGUCUUGAACGGAAUGGGUUAUUUAUCAGCAAUGUUUGGUAGGUAGGAAAAAACAGAUGAAUGGAAUGAAAGUUUAUUUAUUGACCCUGACAAAAAUUAGCAUCGUAAGUAUAAUUGAUUGAAUUUUCAUUUUUACAGCAUUAUCUUGUAGAAAAUAUAUUUUGUAUUGUUAUA